AUGGCGGAAGAGGAAGUAGAAACAAAAGUCAAUCUUCCUCGCUCAGAUCCCCAGCGGCAUCUACCUUUUGUGGAGGUUUGUUGCAAAAGUUCGGGAAACACCAGGCGAUUCGCCGCUGGUACGGAGGCAGGAUUUGCAUUGGGCUUGAUAAACAGGAAGCUUGAUAGUGGAAUUGGUAGUCCACCUGCUUUGCAUAUUGAAGCAGUUAAAGAAGGGGAGGAACCUGUUAGUUUUGGCCCUAAUUCGGUUCUUGUGGAUUACGGUGAUGGUUGGAAGUUGCAAACUGUUACUGAAAUACAAGCUCUUAGGAAAGACGAGCAGGUUCAAUCAUCAACAACAACAACACAUAUUUCAUCUGUUAAGGGUCUUGAUGGCUCACGUCCUAUGAAGAGUGAGUCACAACCAGUUAGCAGUUUUCUGUACAUUGGAAAGAUAUUGAUUGCUUUUAUUUUAAUGUUUGUGCUUGGUGCAAUUUUCACAUUGGCUCUUGAGAAUCUUCCUGGCCUAAUCUUGUUGAUUAACUCGUCAAUGUAA